AUGUUGCCAGCCGUCUUCGUGUUUGCUCUCAGCCAUGCACCAAGUGUGCCAUACCCCGAUUCUACUCACCUAGUCGACAAUAGGGGGACAGAAUACCCCUGCUAUAUCACAGUGCUUCACAGAAGGUCACCGCACGGCCACAAACUUGAAGUUGGAUGUCGUCGAUGUAGCUGGGUGCAGGCUUCCCGCUACGGGUUCAUAGAUUUACACCUCCAGCCCGGCUCGCUGCAGUACCUACUACACAAACACACGUUCUAG